AUGGGGUCCCUUGAUGAUAAUACUUUGCAGCAGGUUUCGGUCCUUUUCGGACCGAAAUAUCCGGAGGUUGAACUGCCAGCUGGGCACAUACGCAGAUAUCUUUCGAAUCAGCGGAAUGCAAACUGGCUUCACGACGCAAUCCGAGAUUUACCUUCCGUCUGGCACGAUAUCCUGAGGCUCUGGCCAGCAGCCGAGAAGCUUCAUGGGGACGCACGUCUCCGUCAGCUUUCAGCGUUUCUCGGGGGUGGAACGCUACGGCCUGAUAUGGCCGAGCCGAUGAAUUUCUUGCUAGUACCAGCCACAGUCUUGCGACAUUUAGUCGAUUUCCUCGAGCUGAAAGAAGACAAGAACUACGACGUCUGCGAUAUCCAGGGAUUCUGCGUCGGAUUCCUGGCAGCCAUCGCAGCUGCAUGCUGGUCGGACAACGAGGAUGAAUUCGGCAAAGUUGUGAGCACCGUCUUGCGUCUCGCCGUCUACAUUGGGGCUGCAGUGGACUUGGACGAGCUUUGUGAACAGCCUGCAAGGUCAAUCGCCGUCAGGUGGAGAACUGCUCAGGAGCAUAAGCUUCUGACGGAAGUCUUAACUCGUUAUCAAGGUGCAUACAUUUCAUGCGUGACUGAUGAAAACGCUGUAACGGUCACCGUUUGGGACUCUCAGUCCGUUUCCUUCGCAAAGGAGCUGGAGAAACAUGGGCUCUCGGUGAAGACUACGACACUUAGAGGCCGAUUCCAUCACUCGAACCACACUCAAGCUGUGGAGGAUAUUUUGCAAUCUUGUGAGCGGAAUAGCCGACUUUGCCUGCCAUCGAAGUGUCACAAGCGCAGUCUGCCGAGAUCCAAUAUCAACGGGAGAGUGUGCGAAGCUGACUCGCUUUUCACUGUUGCAGUCGAGUCGAUCUUGACAACGCAAGCAAAUUGGAAGAUCACCGUCACCGCUACUCUAGACAACAUGGGGCAAUCGGAUGCUAGAAGCAUUAUCCCCAUAGGUGCAGGCCAAUUCGUACCGCGACACGCUAGAUGUCGUAUGUUGAACAUUGUUGAGUUCAACAAAGGCGAGCACAUAAAUGGCAGACGCAAGAUGCAGUCCGCCACUGCACUUGAUGUCGGGGUAAAUGUCACGGCCCCCGAGACCACCGCAGUGCCUAUCGCGGUUACUGGGAUGGCAUGCCGAUAUCCCCAAGCCGAUUCCGUGGAAGAACUGUGGAGAAUCUUAGAUCUGGGCCAGUGCACCGUCAGUCCAAUGCCCAACAGUCGGCUUAAAAGUGGCAGUCUGCAGAGAGAGCCAAAAGGGCCAUUCUUUGGAAAUUACCUCGCGCGCCCAGAUGCCUUUGAUCAUCGAUUCUUCGGGAUAUCCGCGCGGGAGGCCGAGUCAAUGGAUCCACAGCAAAGAGUACUACUGCAAGUUGCGUAUGAAGCUAUGGAAUCCGCUGGUUACUGUGGGCUGCGCCGCUCGAAGCUUCCUGACGACAUCGGCUGCUACGUUGGAGUCGGUUGCGACGACUAUAGUGAAAACGUUGGAUCUCGUAAUGCCACUGCCUUCUCAGCAACUGGUACACUCCAGGCUUUUAACAGUGGCCGCAUCAGCCAUUACUUUGGUUGGAGUGGCCCCUCUGUCACGGUUGACACGGCGUGCUCAUCAGCUGCUGUUGCUAUUCACCUCGCGUGCCAGGCCAUUCGAACGAAUGAUUGCGCUAUCGCUGUAGCCGGCGGAGUGAAUAUAAUGACAGAUCCCCGAUGGUCCCAAAACCUGGCUGGGGCAUCGUUUCUGUCGCCAACCGGGGCAUCUAAGGCAUUCGAUGCAGAUGCCAAUGGAUACUGUCGUGGUGAAGGUGCUGGGCUGCUUGUGCUGCGGCCCCUGGAAGCAGCUCUUCGCGAUGGCGAUCCCAUUCACGCCGUGAUUACUGGAACAUCCGUCAAUCAGGGAGCAAACUGCUCGCCGAUAACUGUCCCGGAUUCAAACUCGCAAAGAAGCUUAUAUUUGAAAGCCUUGUCGCUUUCUGGACUUACUCCAGACGUUGUUGGCUAUGUUGAAGCACAUGGCACUGGCACCCAAGUCGGAGACCCAAUUGAGUUUGAAAGUAUCCGGAAAACAUUCUCCGGGCCUAAUAGGGCCACAAAGCUUUAUGUUGGGUCGAUCAAGGACAAUAUUGGGCAUACUGAGACGUCUUCUGGUGUUGCGGGCAUGCUGAAGACGAUCCUGAUGAUACAGAAGCGCAGAAUCCCCAAACAAGCUAACUUUCGUCGCCUGAAUCCCAGAAUUACAUUAAACGAGAGGAAUCAUAUAGAAAUCCCUACUCAAUCAAUUGACUGGGAAGCUGAAAAACGCGUGGCUAUGGUGACUAAUUAUGGGGCGGCCGGUAGCAAUGCUGCUAUCGUUCUACGAGAACCUGCGUCAACACCUGCUACCUCAAACAGUGCCCAUCGGGAGACCCUGCCCUCGCAUGUUCCUUUUUACGUCUCUGCUCGAACCGAAGAGUCCCUUCGCUCGUACUGUGAAGCUCUUCAGAGCACCAUCCGUGAGGUAGCACAGUCAGGUACUAACACCGUGCAGCAUAUCGCAUACAAUUUGGCACGGAAGCAGAACCGAGAUAUGGAGCACUUUGUCACAUUUCCAGCCGCCGCUGGGGAGCCUUCAGAGCUUAUGACACGCUUAGGAUCUAUCGCCUCCGCUCAUACGCAGGUCGAAAGACGGUCCCAGUCCUUUCAUCCUGUGAUUAUUUGUUUCGGCGGACAGACCGGAGAUACAGCGAGCAUCUCAAGAAAUUUAUUUGAGAGUUGCGAGCUCCUGCGCUUCCACGUGGAUGAAUGUGAAAACGCUUGCAACGCGUUAGAUCUCCCUAGCCUAUUCCCGGCUAUUGUGAGCCCUUUCCCUAACAAAGAUAUUGUGAACCUCCAUUGCGUAUUGUUUUCCAUUCAAUACGCCACUGCAAAGGCAUGGCUUGAUUCUGGACUGCAGGUCACCCGAAUGAUCGGUCAUAGCUUUGGGCAAUUAACUGCCCUAUGCGUUGCUGGUGGCUUAUCGCUCAUUGAUGGAAUGCGACUUGUCGCAACUCGCGCCCAGCUGAUCCAGAAACAUUGGGGACCGCAUACUGGAGUGAUGCUUUCUUUGAGAGCGAGCAAAGAGAAGGUCCAAGCUCUGCUAGACGCUGCAUCAGGUCACGCAGACCUUGCAUGCCUGAAUGGACCUGAUAACUUUGUUGUUGCCGGCGAUGAGGAGUCCAUUCGCCGCAUCGAAAUCAUCGCCACCGAGAAGGGAAUGCAUGUUGAACUGAAGAGAUUGAAGAAUACUCAUGCGUUUCACUCUCGUCUCGUGGACGCAAUUCUGCCAGGAUUGAGCGAGGUAGCCAAUACGCUCACCUUUAGACAGCUGGAUAUUCCUGUCGAGGCAUGUGCCGAACAGGAGGAUGACUGGUUAUGGGUCACAGGUGACAAGAUUGUGCAACACUCACGCAAGCCGGUGUUUUUUCAUGAUGCCGUGGAACGGACUCUUUCGCGUGUCGAUGGCCCAUGUGUUUGGCUCGAGGCAGGAACAGCUUCACCAGUCAUUAAUAUGGUGCGUCGUGUCGUGGAAGCGUCACGGCCGCUCAAAAGCCAUGUAUACCUUCCGACUGAUCUUUCCGGUGCCCAAGCCCAGGCAAAUCUCGCAAAGGUGACCUGUACACUUUGGUCAAAAGCUGUGCCGGUUCAAUUCUGGCCGUUCCAUCCUUCGGAGACCGGGUACAGGUGGAUCAACCUGCCCCCAUACCAAUUCGCGAAAACCAGCCAUUGGAUUGAGUAUAACCCUGACGCCUUCCGUUCGCCUCCGCAGGUACCGGAUCAAGAAAAUGUACAAGAAGCGAGUCUCGUGCGGCUGCUGAGACAAGAUGGUAAAGAAGCUCUCUUUACCAUCAACAACAAGGACAACGUCUUCCGAAUGUGCACCGCCGGCCAUGCAGUCGCCAACCAGAAUUUAUGCCCUGCCUCUCUCUAUUUUGAACUUGUCGUUCAGGCAGCAUUACUUGUCUCAUCAACAGCGACAAAGCCAACAAUGUAUCACAUCGAGAGCCUUAACAUUUGCUCGCCCCUUGUCCUCGGGAUGCCCGGUGCGGUUCUCCUGCAGCUGACGCAGCAGGAUGAGAGCCAUGGACAGUGGUCAUUUGUGCUGUCCACGCGUGACGGUUUGCAGGACGCGGUGACACAUGCUACAGGCAGAGUAUCGUUACAAGCUGCCGGUAGCAACACCGGGAUAUGCGCUCGCUUAAGCUCCUUACAACGUCUACUGAAUCUUGCUAGCUGGAACUCCAUUGCUACGUCUCCUUCUUCCAGUGGGCUUAAGCGCUCAACAGUCUACCAAGCAUUUGCCAGGGCCGUCAACUACGCAGACUAUUACCGCGGCGUUGAAGAAGUUUACGCUGUAGGGCACGAAGCCACUGGCCGAGUCAUCCUGCCUUCCUCGCCGACCAAGUGCAAUCCUUGCGACCCGAUUCUGAUAGACAACUUCAUUCAGGUAGCCGGCAUCCACGUUAACUGUCUUUCUGAAACGCAUGAUGAUGAGGUUUUCGUGUGUAGUUCGGUAGGGGAUGUAUUGAUCGGUGAAUCCUUUGUGCGACGGGACACAGCAGCUACGGUUCCCUGGGCUGUGUAUUCCAACUACGAGCCGGAGUCAAAAAAGAAAAUAGUAUGCGAUGUCUUUGUACUAGACCAUACUACAGGGGCGCUUGCUGUCUGCAUGCUGUCCGCUACCUUCACGGGUGUGUCCAUUCAAUCGUUAAAGCGAACCCUAAACCGUCUGAGUAAUCAUACUGCCAGGCCAACGGAGGCAGAGCAGGUCUCCAUUAAUGUUGCUGCUGAGGCGACAGCUCUCUCCUCUACCCCAGUGGCUCACGUUUCGAGUAGCGAUGGUGAUCUUCUAGCUGUGCAGACCAUGCUCGGUGAACUACUGGGAAUCUCUGCCGACGAACUCUCAGCAGCUGCUGCCCUCGGCGAUAUCGGUGUCGACUCGCUUAUGAGCACUGAAGUCUUAACCGAAAUUAAUAAACGGUUUGGAGUGGCUAUAUCCAACGCUGAGCUUACACAAAUCCCGGAUGUUGGCGGAUUGGUACAACGUAUCUUCCCGGGACACUCGGUUGUCCGCAUCAAAACUCACAGUCAGGGGGCCGUCGAGACCGAAAUCACAAUCACAGACCGAGAGCCAAAGAGUAUCUCGGUGGAUCUUGCGCCAGUAUGUGAUACAUCACCGACGGCAUUUGUCGAUAAAGCUAGUAAACUCUUUGCUACCACACGCACGAGUGCCGAAUUCAGCCGCAAGACACGGUUCGCAGGCUUCUGCGACACCGUCUUCCCUCAACAGAUGGAGCUUGUCACUAGCUAUGUGGUGGAGGCAUUUCACGCAUUGGGUGCCGACCUAGCAUCGCUCACACCCGGUCAGGUAGUUCCACCUGUCAAAAUCCUUCCCCAACAUGGCAAGGUCAUGAAUCAGCUGGUCGCUGUGCUCGAAUACUCCGAUCUCAUCGAGCGAAGAGAAUCAGAGAUAAUUCGAAGCCAACAGCCCGUUGGCACCGUUCCGUCCCUAAUUCUCUACAAGAAGAUACUCAACAAACACGCUCAGCAUGCCUCGGAGCACAAACUACUACACACUACCGGCUCGCGACUAGCAGAGUGUCUUAGUGGAAAAGCAGACCCUUUGUCCCUCCUGUUCCAGAAUGCAGAAGCCCGUGCAUUGAUGACAGACGUAUACUCCAAUGCGCCCAUGUUCAAGUCAGCCACGAUACAGUUGGCACAAUAUCUCAAAGACCUCCUUUUUAACCUAGGUACCCAAAGGGAGAUCAAGGUUUUGGAAAUUGGCGCUGGCACAGGAGGAACGACCAAUUACCUCGUUCAAGAACUGGCAGCAGUACCUGGCCUCCGAUUCCAGUACACAUUCACAGAUAUCUCCUCUUCCCUGGUCACCUUGGCUCGCAAGCGAUUCAAGGCUUACGAUUUCAUGCGCUAUACAACGCUCGAUAUUGAGAAUGAUCCUUCACCUGAGUUACAGGGACAGUACGAUAUCAUAAUAUCCACAAACUGUAUCCACGCCACCCGGAAUUUGAUCACUUCCUGCACAAACAUUCGGAGGUUGCUACGCCCCGAAGGCAUUUUGUGCCUGAUUGAGUUGACGAGGAAUUUGUUCUGGUUUGACCUCGUCUUUGGUCUUCUCGAGGGCUGGUGGCUGUUUAACGAUGGUCGUUCGCAUGCUUUGGCUCACGAGCGUCUCUGGGACCACAACCUACGGCAAGCUGGAUUCAACUGGGUAGAUUGGACAGACAACGACUCUGCCGAGUCGGAUAUUCUGCGUCUUAUCGUUGCGUCGUCUACUCAACCUUUCUAUGCCCUGGAAGGUGACGAUGAAUGCGAAGCCGACUGCAACACUGUGCAGGAGCAAACGGUUCUCUACAACACAAGGGACGGAUUGGAGUUGUUUGCGGAUAUCUACUAUCCGGAAAAGACGGAUCGUAGCGGAGCAAAAAGACCAAUCGCCCUACUCAUCCACGGCGGCGGCCACAUAAUGCUCUCGCGCAAGGAAAUACACCAUGAACAAGUCAGAAUGCUGUUUGACAUGGGGUUCUUGCCCGUCAGUAUUGAUUACCGACUUUGCCCGGAGGUAUCACUCCUAGACGGCCCCAUGCAAGAUGCCUGUGAUGCUUUGGCCUGGGCGCGGAACAAAUUACCUCAACUACAGCUUCAGCGCCGUGACAUUCUUCCAGACGGAAACAAUGUCGUUGCCGUAGGCUGGUCGACUGGUGGUCACCUAGCUAUGACGCUGGCAUGGACAGCACCUGCGCGCGGCGUUUCGGCCCCUGAGGCAAUUCUCUCCUUCUACAGCCCUACGGAUUACACUGACCCGUUCUGGAGCAAACCGAACUUCCCGUAUAGAGUCGACGUCUCUACAUCUGACAUCCAGACAGGUAAUCCUUUGGAUGCGCUGCAGGAUGCGCCUAUUUCCGGGUACAACCCUCCACCCAGCAAGCGAGCUCUGGGGGGUUGGAUGGCACCAAGUGAUCCACGUAGCAGGAUCGCGCUUUACAUGAACUGGACCGGCCAAACGUUACCAGUACUGUUCUACGGGUGCAACUACAGGGCCCGAGCUGCUGAGUCUGGGCAGGAUUAUGAAGUCGUCCUACCCGAACCAAUUCUAAGCGAGGUUCAGAAAGUCUGCCCGUUCUCCCAGAUCUCUGCGGGGUCGUACAGAGCCCCUACCUUCUUGAUUCAUGGUACUCUGGAUGAUUUGAUUCCCGUACAACAGGCGCAACGGACACAUGAUAAGAUGCAGGCUUGUGGCGUGGACUCUGACUUGCGUAUCGUGCGUGAUGGGCUACAUUUGUUUGACCUAGAGGCCAAUUUUGCUGGCAAUCAGCAUGCGUUCCAGGCUGUCGUGGACGGGUACGAGUUCCUGCGAAGACACGUUGGCUUAUAA